CUUGUUUCUCAGAACUGAGGCUUGACGGGAUAUCGUGUAUUCAUUGGCAAAGAUUUAGUUUCAUAUUUGGCAACUUCAUGUAACCUUUUUUUUAUUUUGAAAAUAAGAAGACGAAUUUAUUUGUAUCAUAAACUCAUGAGAUGGCCAAAAAAAUGAAAACACAGACUGUUAUCGAAGAUAUUAGUAGUGAUGUUGAAAUUUUGAAUCAUAUGGAGUUAGAUGAUGCAGAUCAUAAGUGUUUUUUAUGCAUUGAAGGAGAACGUUUGAUAAAGGAAAUAUGUCGUUUUGGAAAUCAGUCGGUUGAACAGUCUGAUUAUAAAAGCAAUUUGCCAUGUGAUGAUCCCAUAAAGUCUCACUUUAAUACUCAGAUUCAAGGACAGUCUAAAUCAAUUUUAAAUGAAUCUAAUACUAUUAAUGAAGAAGUGUCGAAUUUAGAGACUUUGAAAAAAUUAUUUACGUGUAAAGUAUGUCAUAAAACGUUUAGUGAGGCAAGGGGCCUCAAAGAACACAUUACAAAAUUCCAUAGUAGUAUUACUUAUUCAUGUGAUGUAUGCAAGACAUCUUUCACUGAUGUUACAAAAUUCAGACUUCAUUGCUCAGAACAUGUUGAUUCAGACAAUGGAUUGUUUUUGUGUUCUACCUGUGGAAAAAAGUUUCUAUGGAAAAGUCUUUUUAAACAACAUACUUGUGUUCAUACAAAAUGAUAUAUAUGAAUGUGGCUAUUCUGACAUUUGUGACUUUUAAUCACCUUUGAAUUAAAUUUCUUGUUCUAGAUUUUAUUGCAAUUUAGCAAAAAGAACAGUCCAAUAAAGGACUUAUUUUUUCCUAUACAAAUAAAUAUUUUUAUGUAAAUUCA